UUGUUUGCAGACUCACUGUGGCUCAGUCUUUAUGUUUGCUUUUGUCUUCAUACGUAGUCGUUGAUUUGUUGAGUAAGACUUCUUUUUGUUUUGGAGUCUCUGUUGGAGCUCAUGGGAGGCGGAGGUCGUUCAUGUUUAGGCUCUGGAAGACAUAAAGUAGAGGAAAGACGAAGCAAGGCCAGUGCUGGACCGACCCUUGGAUUCUUUGAGCACCACAUCAGAGAGAUAGGAGUUAUUCAAAGACCCAUAAAGACGAAAUGGUAACAGAGAGAAACAGAGAGAAGAGGAGCCUUCGGAGAAAUGAACUAGCUUUCAGGGUAAUGAGCAAUGUGUGAACUUGUUAACUAGGCUUAUUCUCUUUGACCUUAAUUUAAACUGAGGAUUAGCCAUCUCAUCAGAGUUCUUGGUGAAAAGCCAAGGCUUGUUUUGCCUCGGGCAAACUCAAAAGAAGGAUUGGGAAGGAAACUAACUGCUCAUUCCCUCAGAGAAAGCGUUUGCAUAUUUCCUUUGGCAAGGAACUUGAAGCGAUUAAAAAGCUAAUUUAUUUGGACUGACUUCAAGAAAAGAAAAACACACCGCAUUUACAUUUAUUACCGUAAUGGAUUUGGAUCACUUCUAUAGCUCAAGCCAGGAGCAUGCUGUUUAUCUACCUGGGUUCAGCUCAUCAAAGGAUCCAAGAACUUAUUGAUAAUCUCCGUCUUCUCAGGCAAAAUGGAGCUUCGUAAGAGAGUUAAGCCGAACGAGCCAGAACAGAAUUUGGGCCUUUCACAAGAUGCACCGGCUGACGGGAGAUGCAGCAAUAACUUGAUGUGGGGGACUGCAAGUUCUAAUGCCACACAGGAUCGGGGUAGAGGGAGGGUUUCUCUGUUUGGAGGAUCAGACACUUGUUCCGGUUCAGGAAUUCCACCCCUGUGGCCUUGGAGACGGUGUGUUUCCAUGGCAGCAGGGUUGUUAGUGGCUGGGAUGUUGGCACUGACUCAGGCCUGGUGUGUUAACACCAUACAUGAGAAUCUGUUGUGGUUCUCUCAGCUCAUGGAAGUGGAGCGGGAGAUUUCCUUUCGGACAGAGUGUGGACUCUACUACUCGUACUACAAGCAGAUGUUGCAGGCCCCAUCCAUACAGGAAGGGCUCUCAGAUUUGAUCCAUGACAACUUGACAGAAUCCAAGAGGACCAUUAAUCUCCUACAGCGAAUGAAUAUCUACCAGGAGGUCUUUCUCAGUGUUCUCUACAGAUUGUUGCCCAUACAGUCGUAUCUGGAGCCAGUGUAUUUCUACAUUUACACAGUGUUCUCGCUCCAAGCGGUGUAUGUGAUCGCUCUGUACCUCACAGCAUGGCUGCUGUCUGGUUCCUGGCUGGCUGGUGCUCUCACUGGGGUCUGGUACAUUCUCAACAGGGUAGAUACCACUCGUGUGGAGUUCACCAUCUCCCUCAGAGAGAACUGGUCUUUGCCCUUCCUUGCGCUGCAGGUCACUGCUAUCACCUGCUACCUUAGGCCUCAGCUCACCGCCUUGCAGCAGAAGGUGAUGGUGUGGUUGAUGUAUGUGACGACGUUCUGCUUCUGUUUGACGUGGCAGUUCAACCAGUUCAUCCUCCUUGUUCAGGCUCUCAUCAUAUACACCCUGGACUGUGUCGACUUCUUAACAACUACACAGGUGACCACUCUGUACCUUGUUCAAGUCAGCGGUCUGCUGAGUGUGUGGCUCCUCCAGUUCUGUAACUCCAUGAUACUGGGAUCACUGGUCCUGAGCUUCAUUGUAGCCGCGCUCUUUGUCAGACACUGCCAGUCUAGUCUGAAGACAGGAAGCCUGCUGGCUCGUCUGGGCAAACUGCUUCUCCACAGUGCCAUGGUUCUCCUCCUCACCUUCACCAUCAACUACCUGGCCAAGAAAGCACUUCAGCUCAGAUCAGACGAGCACAUCUUUAAAUUCAUCAAGUCAAAGUUUGCCUUGGGGCCAACGAGGGAUUUUGAUGCCAGUCUGUAUCUGUGUGAGGAGGCCUUUGGCUUGCUGCCCCUUGACACACUGGAGCGACUGGCUGGUACCCUCUUGCUGUACCCCUACAUCCUCACACUGCUGCUGCUCAGUGGCAUGUUGGCAGUGGGCGCACUGAAGAACUUGAGCAGGCCUAAAGGAGGUGCAGCUGAGGAGAGGAAAGGAGCCGGAGAGGGGUGUGCUGUGGCUUUUCGUCCAGAUGUGGCCUAUAAUCUGGUGCAUACGCUCUUCUAUGGCCUCCUGGCUUUCAGCACUAUGAGGAUGAAGUAUAUAUGGACUGGCCACAUGUGUGCCAUCGCAGCCUAUGGUGUGUGUGGGACAGAGCUGUGGACUCCGCUUCUCGCUGCCCUCCGCUGCAAUAGCAAAGCUGUGUUAAGGCUUGUCAGAUAUGCAGUUCCACUGGUGAUGAUCGGUUGCCUGUAUUACAAGUUCUGGCCUAAGCUGAUGGAGGAGUUAUCAGAACUGAGGGAGUUUUAUGAUCCAGACACUGUGGAGCUCAUGACCUGGAUUAGCACAAAGACCCCUAAGCGGGCUGUGUUUGCAGGGAGCAUGCAGCUGCUGGCUGGCAUCAAGCUGUGCACAGGCAGAGUUCUCACCAACCACCCCCAUUAUGAAGAUAAAGACCUGCGGGAGAGGACCAGACAGGUGUAUCAGGUUUAUGCUCGUCGGUCCCCGGGGGACGUCCACGACAUCCUGAGGGCUGUCGGGGCCGACUACGUGGUGCUGGAAAACAGCAUCUGUUACGAGCGGAGGCACAGGCGAGGCUGCAGACUGCGGGACCUGCUCGACCUGGCCAACGGACAUAUCAUGGAUGGACCCGGAGAGAACGAACCAGACCUCGUCCCCGCCUCCCACCCUCGAUUUUGCGAGGCCAUCAAGACGGACACGGCGGGGUACACGGCUCUGUUCACCAGAACAUUCCAGAACAAAACCUUCCACGUGUACCGGGUCAAGAAGAAACGCAAGAAGAGCACCAAGAACCCGUCUGAGCCCGGUGCAAUUCAGUAGCAGGAGCUGGACUGGAAGAAAAACCCCGUCGGAAGCCAGAGGGGAGAGAGACAGAGGAGAAGAAGAAGGAGAAGAGAUGAAAGCACUGAAUCCUCGCUGUUCCUCUGUCUCCUCCCUGCACUGUGCCCAGCUGUGAUCAUGGCCAUUAUUUUGUUUAACACAUGGCUCUGUGAACUGUGGUGUUAGAGCAGUGGGACGGUUCAGGCUUGGGGCUGCAUUGUUUUAGUUAGAGGAGUGUGGGAGCACCUGUAGGAGUCCUUCUGUGGAUCGUUCUGUCUCCACCUGUCCAGUCGCUCUCCUCCCGUCUCUCACCAGUGCAGAUGCACAGACACAGGCAGACUUCUGAGCAGGGUCUGGAAGUUUAGUUUCAUUAGUUUAAUUUCCACAGAGCAUCAUGAAAUAAGCAUCAUGAACCAAAAUACUAUAAAUAAGUAGUUUUACUAUUUUCUCUUUCAUACAGAGGAAGCUUGGGGAUCAACAGCAUUUAGCUAGAUCCAACAUCAGAUCAGAAUCCUUUAAAAUCCUCUAUAAGAUCUUUCAUUUUAGUUUUGCUUUUAACACUAAGAUUAAUAAUGAAAUACUCAAUGCACUGUGAUGGACAAAGCUUUUCUGGAUAUGCAGUAAAUUACAUAUUUCAUAUUGAGCUUUUCUUUACCAAUUAAAAAAGGGGGAGAAAGUAAAAGAUUUGCCAAUAGAUUUGGUUCAGUUUAACAAAUCUGGAUAUUUUAAAUAGCUUGGGGCUGGCUGUUGGAACACAACCUUAAUUCACACUUUUUCUUUUAUGAACAUAAUAAGAUGUUUUUGAAGGUGCUAGUUGUUACUGCAGUUCUGACUUAUUAUAAUUAUGAAUGCUGUAAAUAAAUAGAUUUGAUCCAGA